GCCGCCGGAGAGACGUUGAGGUUUUGUCAGAUGGUCAGUCAGCAGUAAAAGCCCUCCCACCCCCCCAACGUGUCGGUCAGAUCCGUAUCGGGGGCCGACAGAGCGUCCCGUUACCGGCGAGCAAUUGAUUUGAAGGGGAAUGAGUGCUGACACAUCCACGCAGUCAGCGAGGGCACGCGGCUCAGCCUCUCCGCGCAACGCCAGCUGAAGAGCGCGCGGGGGUGAUGCGCGUUUGGGACUCUGGGAGGGGGGGACUUUGUUUCACUCGGAAACAGAAGCAGGGACUGCAGCGGUGAAGGGGGGCUGAACACCUGGACCACAUUUGGAUAAUAUGUCUCUGCUUAAACAGCGGGGGAGAGAGCUCGAGCGUUUCGACGGACUGUCGCUCAUUUACUGGACACUAAUGGGUCCAUACGGAGUAGACCGAGCUGUUCAUUCCAUGGAGUUUACAGAUUGUGAGAAUGGCCUGGGAAUUAAAGUGAUCGGCGGAGUGAAGGAGCUAACUGGGGAGGAGUUUGGAGUCUACGUCAAACGGAUUUUACCAGGUGGCCUUGCUUCAAGUGACGGAAACCUGAUGCCAGGGGACCAGAUCUUGGAGGUGAACGGGGACAGUCUAGUCGGAGUCACAAGUGAAAGAGCUGUGGAUAUCCUGAGAGCGGCCUCUGCUACCAAUCACAUGCGCCUUCUCAUAGCCAGAGAUGAGGAAGCAAAGAGAGAAUUUGCUGAGCUGCUGGAGAAAUAUGGAUCCAACGGCAGCACAGGAUCAACGCGCAACUCUCCCAUCCAGCAAGGCGGUCGCUACCUGGACAGCACAUCGUCUGGUUCCUCGUCACGCUCUCAGAGUCCAUUGCUGUUGAGUCCAGCAGGCUCUCAGAACAUGUAUAACAACAGUGGGCCCAUGCUGCGCUCCCUCAGUCACCCAGGUGAAGGAGUGAUUCAGCUUCUUACAGUGGCGCGGUCCAGCAGUUUAGGCAUCACCAUCGGAGGAGGCUCCAACAGGCCCGAUGGCCCUGCGGUCUUCAUCCAGGAGGUGCUGUCUGGAGGAGACUGUCACCGGGAUGGACGACUGAGGCCUGGAGAUCAGCUCAUUGCCAUUAACAAAGAGUCCUUGAUAGGUGUGACCCACGAGGAGGCCAAAAGCAUGCUGAACAAAGUCAAAUUCAGCCAAGACAGUACGGUGGAGAUAGCCUUCAUCCCAGGAAAAGGACUUUUUCCAAGCAGCACGUCUCUCCACAAUGGAGUCCAGCGAGCUGCGGGAAACAGCUACAACUCUGGACGUUUAAAAGUCCACAUCAGAUCGCCUGAGAUUUGUGCAGAGGAGCCAGCCCCAGUGUCCUCACCUUCUCCUGACAUCUGCCCACCAGAUAUUCAUGUUUCAGGUUCAACCAGCCAGAGGUCGCCAACAGGGACCAAACCCAAGAUAACCCUGGACCCCUACAUACGCCUCAAAUCAGACAAGUUAGAUUUGGCCUUGUCCUUCCUCGGGUUGGAUGUCACAGAAGAGAAGAAGAAGAAGUUGAGACAGAAUCUGACCACAGACCCACAAGGCACUGUGGCGUAUGGAGACUUCGUGGAGGCCACCCGGAACAUCUUCCAGGAGAACCUGGAGGAGCUGGGUAUCGGGACGGGUCCCUUCAUGUUCUCCUAUCAUGAAGCAGCCAGUCUGAUGGACACGUCGGCCUUCCACUCCCCUACAUAUGAAUCGGAAUGCAGCUACAGCAGCGAGGAGAUGGAGCAGUUUCAGACAGAGGUGAAGCAGCUGCAGACCCAGAUGAAGCAGCUCAAGGUGAUGCUGAAGGACAUGGAGCACAGCAAGAAAAACCUGGAGGAGGAGCUGCAGAAGACAUCAGAGAAAGCCUGUUUGACUGUGGAGGAAAACACCCGUCUGAAGAGUCGCCUGCACGCCGCCGAGGCCGAGGCGGUGCAGCGGCAGGCCAGCGGCGCUGAGCAGGACUACGAGGACGUCAUCCAGCUUCUGGAGGCCGAGAUCAGAGACCUGAAGAACCAGCUGGCCAGCAAAAGGCAAGCUCGCAGCCUGGAGGCCACUAAGGAGGACGUGCUGGAGCUGAACAGGAGGCUGACGAACAUCGACUGCCAGCUGAGGAAGUCAGAGCUGAGCAGGAAACACCUGGAGAUCUCCAACAAGAAACUGCUGGGCUUUGCUCAGAACGUCCACAAAGUGCUGACAGCACCCAAUCUGUUUGGAGAAGGCGGGAGCAACAGGUCGUCUCCAGCCACUGACAGUCCCGACACCCCGUCACCACUUCCUGAUCCCGCCUUCCAACUGGCGGUGGAGGCCAAAGAGCUGGUGGAGGGAGUGUGCAGCAGCACCGCUGACGGCAAAGAAAGUCGGUCGGAGGCGGCGUCAGUCCCGGACCUCAGCCCUCAUCACAUGUGAGCCACAAAGAGCCAGAGGGGGACAGUUAUAGGGGGCACGGGACGGGCCAAAGAGGCCGAACGAGCAGCUGAACCCACGACUGACUACGCCCACGCUCAACAGCCAGACGCGCCGCCGUCCGCUGCAACAUCUGGAAAUAACGACACAUCACUUCAAGAAAUCCAAACCCUCCGUUCACACCGACAAGAGUCAACACGCAACGCGGCCAACGUUUUAAAAUGCCAAAGCUUGCUCGCACGCAUCGAAUUAGUGUCUUCCUCUGAGAUAUAUUCCACAGUCUCUCAGGAGGGUUCAGCAGCAGGAAGUGACGAAUUCAGCCGUGACCCGACGACGACGACGGCGAUUCUCGUCAUUCGUGCGAUAAAUCGUCUGUACAGACGUCUCUGUGAGAAGUGCUCUGCCAAAUCCAAAAAAAAAACCAAAACAGAACAGCAGGAGCUGCAUGACCGAGUCCACAACACACACACACACACACACACACACUGCUGUAAACCUUGUUGAUACUCCUCCCUGACCUCUUUUCUAACCUCAGACGUGGACUGACUCGGGGGACUGCAUGUGAAGGACUCAUUUGCUUGGAAGAGGACGAUCCAGAUCUGGUCUGUGUGCAAAAGUCCUUCCUCUGUCAUAGUAACUCUCUGCCGUCUGUCUCCCUCACACCGCCUCACCUGUUCGCUCUGCCGCAGACACAAUCAACUGUCGAGCAAAAACUAUUCAUAAACAAACAAAAACAAAAAACAAGUUUCCAUCAUGCUAACUCUCCCUGCGCCCUCGCUCGUUACUGUAAGGCAGAGAAUGAGGUUUUGUGAAGACGGUGGCCUCGAGCAGCGUUUGUGUCCUCUGCAGCUUCAUCGUCACUGCAUGGUUCAUGUUGAUGUGUCUCCUGCGUCCAGGAGCAGCUUUACUGUCGCUGUGUAAACCUGUGUAUAGUAGUCAAGAGUCUGAGCAGACGUCAGCCAUAGGUGGAACGUUGAUUUUUAUUUAUACAAACAGCUGCAGAUGCUUUAAAAAAAAAAAACAAACAAAACUGAUGUGGACACGUCCCGUAGUUUUCAGCCAGACUCCAUCUUUGGUGUGGCCUCAUAUUCUUUCUGUUACUGUUUUAUAUUAAAGGAACAACUGAUGACCAGACCUGACGGCGUGUUUAUUCAGACAUGAGUUUCCUAACGAGGUGCGUGUAUGUGUGUCACAGCCUCCAGCUGCUGUUCUUGUCCAUGCUA